CCGGCGGCCCCGGCCGGGCGCGCUGCCGGCAGCAUGGCGGGGGAGGCGGGCGGCGCCGCGUUGGGCCGCGCGGCCGACAAGCUCUUCUCGCUCAGCGGGCUCUUCGCCGUCUGCAAGCCCAAGGGACCCACAUCGGCCGCCGUGCUCAACCUGCUCAAGGAGAGGCUGCUGGCAGAAGCUGGUGUGCAAACAAAAGGGAACAAAAGAAAUCAGGUUUUGAAAAUUGGACAUGGAGGAACGUUGGACAGUGCAGCCACAGGAGUUCUGGUGGUUGGUAUUGGAAAAGGAACAAAAAUGCUGGGGACUAUGUUGGCAGGUUCCAAGAAGUACACUGCCAUUGGAAUGCUGGGCAAGGCUACUGAUACAUUGGAUGCUACAGGAAAAGUGACUGAAGAAAAACCUUAUGACCAGGUAACAAAAGGAGAUCUUGAAAAUGUUCUGCAAAAGUUCACAGGGGACAUCAUGCAAGUUCCCCCACUCUAUUCUGCUUUGAAGAAGGAUGGAGAAAGGCUUUCAACUCUGAUGAAGAGAGGGGAGGCAGUGGAAGCAAAGCCUGCUCGGCCAGUGAGAGUGUACAGCCUUUCCCUCCAGCAGUUCCAGCCACCACUGUUCACGCUGGGUAAAGAUGUUGAAUGUGGUGGUGGCUUUUAUGUCAGGAGCCUGGUCAAUGACAUUGGCAAAGAGCUCUCCACCUGUGCCUCGGUGCAGGAGCUGACGCGCACCAAGCAGGGGCCGUUCACGCUGGAGGAACACGCCCUACACGAAGACAAGUGGACAAUUGAUGAAAUUGCUCAGUCCUUGGAGAACUGCACAGCCCUGCUCCUGGGAGAGCCAGCUCGGAAAAAAUUGAAGACGGAGCAUCCUGGUGAAACUGCUGUGAUCUGUGAGGAUAAGUGAUAAGUUGGAUCAAGGAAAAAGACUGGAUGAUUGAGAUGUUUUAAGAUUGGAUUGGGAUUGCCUCGCCUCCUGUGUAAAUCUACAAGUCUCUGCUGGGAAGAUGACAAACUGCAACAGAAGAGAAAUGGUUCUUUUGUUUCCUGGGGUUAGAAUGUGCACUGAAAAUAUUCAGUGCUAAGUGUUUCUUGAUUGUUUAUUUUCCUUCUUGCACAGUAUAACUGAUGGCAAAUUUUUAUAGACUUUUAAAGAACUUUCGGGGAGCAAGAUGGCCACUGUGGAGAAUUCAUCAAUAAAAAAAUUCUAUACAACAAUGUCUGAUAAAUGUGUUCCAAAAAAUGUUUCUUUUUCUUUGCAGCUGGUAAUCAAAUCCUGAAAUACCAUGGUGACAAGUCUCUCAUAGCUUAAAGGACUCAAGAAUGUGGUGUGGCAAUUUGCUUUUUUGAAAUUUGUGUCAGGAUAUAUCCAUUUUACCAAAGUUUUUCCUAUGCAGAUUGUUCUCCAGUCAGAUGUUCCUAGAAUGCAGUAUAUGAAGGUGCUAAAAUUUUAAGUACAAACAAUCCCUGAAGAUGAUUGGUUUGUGCCUGCAUCUUACAAAAAGUUGGUACGUUAAGUGUUGGUUCUAAACUUAUUUUCAUUCUAAGAAAUUAAAUGAAUAUCAUGAAGUUCUUCAUUGCAGGACACCCUUCCAGACAGGGAAGGGUAUCCUGCAAUGAUCUAUAGGAUUUAUUUUUGUUUUCUAUACAAUUUCUAUUUCUGUACAAUAGGAUUUAUUUUUGUUUUCUAUACAAUAAGAAACUGAAGUCUAUGCAAGAUUAAUGAAGGUUUUGUUUAGAAGGAGGAUAGAGUUUGUUUUAUUCAGUAAAUGGUUUUCUUCCUUUGUAUAUUCUUGUAAAGAACUUAAAGGAAAUGUUGAAAAUAGCACAAGCAAAUUGAAAUGAUAGAGCACUAAAGCAGCAGCAUAUUUAAAGUACAAUGUGGAUGAAGUAUGGAUACAAGUAAUUCUGAUUUCAAGGAUGGGAGAAAAGUUUGCGUCCAGUGAGGUAACAGUGGGAAAUUUUUGUUUCUUUUUGGGGUGUGUUUUCUGGUACUUUGGGUAGAAACAGAGAAGAAAGAGAUUUUUUUCCUAAAGAAAUCAAAAAAAGCAGAAAAUUUAAUUUUCCAGUAUACUUGUCUUGAAUGAUCAAAGACUUUAAUUGAAUCACAGCUUCUCUAACUGUCCGAAUCUGUAUUUUCCUAGUUUAUGUUAUUCCAGUGGUUUUCUAGAUUAAGUUCUCAUUUUAUUUAUUUAUUUUAUCUUCCUGAUUUUUGAAAAAUAGCACAGUAGAUAGAAUUCCGUUAGUCUCCUCCUUUAAUCUUCAGGGAUUUGUUUCUUUAAAAAUCAGUGCAAUUGAGAAAUCUCUCUAUUAAUAGGGUACAUUUGGAUACAGUGUUAUAAGUGUCUAACACAUUCUUAAUUUCAUCUGUUUGUUUAAUGCUCACCAAGCCUUUUUUGCUAUUCCAUUUAGGAGCCCCUGAUAUUUUUAGUUUCAAAAUAAUUCUAUUUCCAUCAGCUUUGUGGUUAGCUUGCAACUGGUCUGUUGUAAUUAUUGCUAUCAGAUUUGUGAUCCUGAGAAGACAGGAUCUGCUCCAUAGUCUAGUCACUGGAGAGGAAUGAAAUGGUAAUUUAAAAAAGCAUCUUGUGGACAUCAACAAGUUCUGGUUUAGGCUGCAAGUCCUGAUGCAUAUGGAAAGCACAGGGAGAGAUGGAAUGCAGUUGUUCAUGUUCAGGAAUCUGCACAGAAUGAUUCAGGUUGGAAAAGACCUUUAAGACUAUCAGACCUGACCAUUAGCAAGUCCAAGUCCACCAGUUCACCAGCUUUAGCCUUUUUUCCUGGAAUCCUCUCCUCUUCCCCAGUGCAUCAGAAAUCAAGGCAGAAUUUCUUUUUUUCAAAUAAUGACAAACUUUUCCCCACAUAACUCCUCUUGAAGUACAGAAGGUAUUUCCCUCAGCAGCUGGGUAGCAGGUGUGUUUGGCUGGAGUUGUGGGUGGCUGGACAAACCCAUGGCAGGCAGCAGGAAGUGUUGGAAAACACGGUGGGAAGAGUGCAAUAAAGCCAUGAACACAUUAUGCAGUGAGCACUGGUGACUGUGACUCCCAUUCCAUUCCUAAACACUUGUGCUAUCUGUUCAAACAUUCCAGCUCCUCAGGCUCCUUCCCAGUGCUUUCCCUGUGUGCUGGGCCUCACUUGUAUGCUUUAUCCCAAGUUCCCCCAUGCUUUAAUGGUUCUCUGUGCCCUGAGCUGUAAUUCCAGUGAAUAGUAACUGGGAAGCUGCUGAAAAGUUCAGGAAUAGCCUUUUUAGGUAUGUUUUAAUAAGUGUUUAACCCAGUAUCUUGAAACUAUCCAGAUUUGGAGGUGUUGUGUUCCCAUGGGAACCUAGGGAAAUACUUGUUUUAACUUCCUUAUUCUUACUAGCAUGCUCAUCCCAGAGCUACCAAACUUCAGAAUUGAGCUAUAUCCACAGCAAAAUGUAUUCUUGUUAGAAGAAAAUAUCCCAUUAUCCUGGAUUUGGUUACUGACAGUCAUGAUAUCUCAACAUUCAAGAGGAAAAAUGUGUAUACAAUAUUCUGAGAUUAUUGAAGAGUUAGUACUGAGAUCACAGCUGAAGCAAAUAGUAGUCAAUAGGAAUUUUAUGGUACUGUGGUCAGAAAAUGUGUCUGUGAUUUACCAUUUCAAAUAUACCCGUGGCACAGAGUGAAAGAUUUGUCUCAUUUAAAGGAAUGUUCAUGGGGAAAGUCCUGAUGCCAAAGUGUGUCCUGCUUUUUGAGCUGACUAUUGUCUGUCCUCAUGUGGACUUGCUGUCUUCAGUCCAUGGAAGUGUGGUACCAUAGCCUGGCCCUGAGUGCUCCAGUGCUGCUGCUGCUGCUGCUGUGGUGAGUUUGACAAGGGCUUCAGAAUUUGUCUCCCUUUGAUGUCUCUGCCUAGCUAGCUGCCUUUCUUCCUUAUUUGAAUGGUAGUUUUCACUUCAUAAUCUAUUUCUGGUGACAGAAAAGUAAAACUUUGAGUAACUCCCCAGUUUUGGAAUACCUUUUUUUUAUUUUAUUUUAAUAGAUGAAUUUGCUAGAUGAAUUUAAUAGGUGAAUUUGCUAUUCUGUGUAUGAAUGGCUUCCCAACUCUAAUGCAGAGUCAAGGAGUGAGUUUGCAGUGGUGUUAAUUUGAUUAAAAAGGCCUUAGAGAAGCAAAGUGAGGGUGUGACUGCAAUAUACAGCCAGAGGGAAAUCACAGAGAUAGUGAAUGGAUUCAGCCAGCCUGGGCAAAAUUAUUGUCUAUUAAAAAGCAGUCAUUGUUUCUAAUAGCCAUGGGUUUAAUUCUCUUCUUUGUGAGACCUGAUUAAGUAAAUCACCAAUAGUUAAAGGCAUGUGAGGCAAGCAGCUUCAUCAUGUGAAUGCUUUUGUCUGCUCUGGGUGAGGAGAUGCCACAUCUCUGUCUCUGCCAUCAGCUGCUAAGAUCAUACAGGUGCAAACAGGCAAAGCAAGAAGUUGGUAAUUGGCAGUGGGUGGUGGCAGUGCUUAAGAAGAAAAGGACUGUAUUGCAAGAAAAAAACCCAUAUUUUGCAGUUCUUGUUUUGGGGAAGUGUUGGGAACAAUGCUGUGGCUCAGAGAAAGUCUUAGCAUGGCUGCCUGAGAAACACCUUAUGGUUUUGUUAUGGGUGUGAGUGUCUGGGACUUUAAUCCUCAUCCCUCCUCCCCUCUAGCUCCAGGAAGUGGGUCAAAUCAAAGCUGCAGCCUCUCCCCAACCUCUCCAUGUCACAUUGCUCCAUGUGGAUGCUGGAGCAAUCUCCUGCUCAAACUCUGGGCUCUAAAGGGGAUUGUGUGGCUUGCCCAGAAGUUAACAGGAACAGAAUGAGCGGGACAAAAAAAUGAGGCAAUGGAAAUUGAAACAUAAACACAAAAUAGCCUUUUUCUUGCCAGAUAUAUUCAUUUUAAGUCACAGCUCUGUGUCUGUCCUUUCCACUCUGUAUCCCAUUACCUUAUCUACUGUCUGAGACACUUCAUCCUAGAACUUUUCUUAUCCUGUCUUUUGAAUUCCUCUCUGGGGACAUGGGAGCCUUGGGGCUGUGUGGAGCAAGGAGGCUGUGUGGUUUCUGGGGGACAGGAAAGCUGGUAACAAAGCAGAACUGAAAAGGAUGAGGUGUGUCUGGUCCUUUUCUCACCAUGACCCUUUUGUAAGAAAGACGUGGUUCUGAAUGCUUUAGUGCCAUUUCCCUGGGACAUGGGAUUAUUAUAGAUAUUUCAGAUUUAAGUACUUCAAAGUCAAAUCUGCAGCUGAGUGCAUGCAUUAGAAACAAAAUGCAUCAUUUCACAGAUGUCACUCUACUUUUGGUGGCUUCAGAACAGGAUUUUACAGCUUAAAAGGAGGGGGGUAGAUAAGGAACAGCAAAAGGUAAAUGCGUAUCUCAGUUCUUAUAUUUUUAAAGUAGAUGAACUCAGGUUUGGUAAUUAUGUAAGAAAAGACAUCAAGUGUUAUAAUGGAGAAAAAGUAAAGAGAAGGAACACAUUUUUUACUGCCUUUUCUGUUUCUUUUAGCUCAGAACAAUUAGCUUAAAUAUGCCAUUUCAGAGCUUAAGAAGCUUUUAUGUGGAAAUGCUUGAGAGAUUGUUACUGUGUGCUGAUGUGAAAAAGGCAUUUAUUUUCAUUUCAGCAGUUGAAAAGAUAGUUUUCUGUGAUGCCCUUCAAAAGGCAGUGUUUUCUUUUGCUUGUAUGAAAUUACAGUAAAUCCUUGGCAUAACUUCCUCUUGUGAGUGGUGUGUUCACAGUAAAUCAUUUCCCGCAGCUGGCUGUCCUGGGGAUCACAAAACUGCUUCAAGUUCUGCAGGUACCUAGCAGGCAUUCCCAGUGGAAAUGGAACAUUUUGUACAAACACCAAAUGUAGUUAGAAAACAGGACAAAUUCUCAGUAAUCUUUGCUAUGUGGAUUGCUCUUUUGGUAAAAUAACAUCCAGGCUGCAUUAAACCUCGCUGCUGCUGUGCUGAGCUGCUUUGUGUACAGUUUUUUACUCUUAAUUUCACAAAGGGCACUGGCAAACUCUUGAUUUCUUGUCCAGGUGAUUAAUUUCCCCCAGCUGCUGCAUACACAGAGACAUUCCUGGCUUUAACCUCUUCAUUUGCUCCAUAGGAUUCCCAAGGACGGCAGAAAGGGGCAUGUGCUCACCUCCCCUGGCCCAGCCGCGGGCUGGUGUGUGAUGUGUUCAUGGUGCAAAUGAACCAGAAUGUUGGGAGAAGACCCUGUGUCUCAAUCUGUUGUCCUGAUAACCUCCAAAAGAUUGAGAGAGCAACAGGGGACAACAAUUUUCCAGUAAUUCUCCCUCCAAGUAAGAAUCAAUGGGAAACAACAGUGAGGUCUGUGGGUACAGAGCUCACUUAAAGCAUGUGAUUAUUUCUUUUGACCUCAGUGAGAAGACUCCUGUCCUGUUUUAUUAAACUAUGUAAGUUAUUACUCACUGAAUUAAGGCCUUGUGUGUUCCAUUUUCACCUAUCAUGUUUUGGGGGUUUUUUUCCCCCAUUUUAGUAAUGUGAACUGAUGGUUUGAAAAAUUGUAUUGCUUCUACAGGAGAAAAAAGAGACUAAAAUAAAUAUUAAUGGUGUGGCACAACA